CCGACCAAAUUAAGAAGAAAGGAAUUUCACUGUCAUCUCCUGAACUUCUCUUCGGGAAAAUCUUCAAGACUUAAAAUGGCCAAAAACACCAAUAUUCGAAUCAGUCUCCCAGCAGUCUGCUUUGUCUGGCAGAUUGCGAUGAUUAUCCUGUUUGGCGUGUUCAUCCGUUAUGAUGAGGAGUCUGACACCCACUGGAUCGAACACAGAAGAAAGAAAAAUAUUUCCACAAAUUUAGAGAAUGACUUUUACUAUAGAUAUCCAAGUUUUCAGGAUGUGCAUGUGAUGAUCUUUGUUGGUUUUGGAUUUCUAAUGACCUUUCUGAAGCGUUAUAGUUUUGGUGGAGUUGGUUUCAAUUUUCUCAUCGCAGCGUUUGGAAUUCAAUGGGCUCUGCUGAUGCAAGGCUGGUUUCAUCACCUCGACGAAAACGACUGGAAGAUAAAAAUUGGGGUUGAGAACCUCAUUAAUGCAGAUUUCUGCGUGGCCAGCUGUCUCAUUGCUUAUGGCGCUUGUCUUGGAAAAGUCAGCCCAGUGCAGCUGAUGGUUCUUACUCUUUUUGGAGUCACCCUGUUUGCUGUUGAAGAGUAUAUCAUUCUUGAACUCCUACAUGCGAAAGAUGCUGGUGGUUCCAUGGUCAUCCACACUUUUGGAGCAUAUUAUGGUUUGACCAUAUCUUGGGUCUUAUAUCGACCAUUGCUAUCUCAAAGCAGGCAUUUACAAGGAUCUGUUUACCACUCUGAUGUGUUUGCAAUGAUUGGUACUCUCUUUCUUUGGAUGUACUGGCCCAGUUUUAAUUCUGCUAUUGCAGAUCAUGGAGAUGGCCAGCACAGAGCUGUUAUAAAUACCUACCUCGCACUGGCUUCAUCAGUUCUCACUACCUUUGCCAUUUCAAGUAUCUCACAGAAUAAUGGAAAGCUCGACAUGGUACAUAUUCAGAAUGCUACCUUGGCUGGUGGUGUUGCAAUGGGAACAGCUUCAGAGUUCAUGAUUACACCAUACGGCUCUCUGAUAGUGGGAUUCUGUUCAGGCAUUGUUUCCACAUUUGGAUAUCUCUUUCUGACUCCUUUUAUGGAAAAAACUCUGAAGAUACAAGACACUUGUGGAAUACAUAACCUACAUGCAAUGCCUGGAGUUAUAGGUGGUAUCGUUGGAGCAAUUACUGCAGCUUCUGCCAGUGAAUCAGUUUAUGGACAAGAAGGGUUGAUUAACACUUUCGACUUCAAGGAUGCCGUUGCUAACAGGACAGUCAACAUUCAGGGUGGUUACCAGGCAGCAGGUCUUUUUGUAGCAAUAGCAUUUGGCCUUGUAGGUGGAGCUUUGGUUGGUGGGAUACUAAAGCUGCCAAUAUGGGGGGACCCAGCAGACGCCAACUGCUUUGAUGAUGAUGUUUACUGGGAGGUUCCUGAGGAUGAGGAUGAGAAUUUUCUCUCUAGACACCAAAACAUGAACCAUGCAAGAGGCAUACCAGAUGUGUAUCAACGAAGUAAUGUGUAAGAAAAAAAAAAGCAGCCUGAAAAACUCCAUGUCCUGAAGAACUUCAGCUCUGAAUUAUGAUUGAAUAAGAAUCAUAAAGGCUUUACAGACUGAGACUAGAUAAGCUACUCAAUGGAAAUUUUUAAGUUUGUCAUGUGCUGUGGGUUGUAUCAUGUCAUAAUCCCAAAACAUCUUGACUAACCAGUGUUGCCAGUGCUGCUUCCAUAAAAACAAAUCCGAACAUGGUUUAUUUCCAUUCUUUAUAUUCCUACACCAAUGAUGUGAAAUUUUAUCUUAUCUUUGUUUGUAAUGUAACUAUCUAAAUCAGUUAGAUUUUAAUAGUGCUUUCUUUCUGCAUUAAUAAUACUAAUAAUAAUAAUAAGUGAGCACUAUAAAGAAACAGAACAAGAUUGAAUGACUUGUUUAUGCUAUACAUAAAAAGUUAACUACCUAUGCUAUUUAACCUCCCUA